AUGGUGCUGACCAACAUAGUCGAGGAUCUUGGCAAAUCAGCAUACCCAGUCAUUUCAGAAGUCUUGGAAGACAUAGUACAAGCAACUGUACAGCAGAAUAACGAGGGAAUCCCGACCCCGUCUGCCACACCUCCGAGCGACAAUACUUCAUCUGUUCUACCACAGCCUCAAGAGGAGAAAGACAUCACAGCCGACAUCAACAGACUCCAAAACCAGUACGAGUUACUGAGUCAAAGAAUGUCUUCAUUCGAAAAGACGCUCGAUAAUGCCGAGAAGAAGCGCAAGAAGUUGGUCAAGAUCCGGAAGGGCUUAGAGCGGAAACUCGACGCCAGCAAGUCAGACAUUCACUCAUUGGAGCACAAGAUUUCGUGCGCAGAAAUCGAUAGCCAUGGCUUGGAAGUUUUACUUGAGGUCGAGACUUCAGAGUCUUGGGGCGCCAAGACUAGAAGGGCUAUUCAUUUGAAGAAGAUCGAGAAGAAUGUGGACGAAAUUGAUCGCUUCAUUGAGAGAUACGAAGAAAGACAGCGUAGUCUGGACGACAAAGCCAAGGACUCGAACAACUGA